UGAAGCGUUUCAUAUCAGAAGCGAAGUGUAAAGUGUGACAAUUUUUAGAAAAGCAUACACAACAGUCCCUCUUGGUCCCCAUUCAAAUAGACACUUUCGGUUUGCUUGCUUGUUGCUGCGUGUGGAGUGAUUUCGCUGCAUUUUUGCAGUUUGCAAAUAUACCGUUGGAAAAUGUAAAUCUGCCGUGACUUUGCGUUGGAAGCAAUUAAAUGCAAAUAAUAGAUUUGUCUGGCAGAAACAGCAAGGCAUACAAAACGCUUUAAUUGAGAUUAGCAUCAGCAACUUUCGAAGCACAUAUGGUAGCGCGCCAGCUAAAACCGUAAGCGUCAACCGUGAAUAACCACAUUCACGCAUUUCCAACACUUAACGGUAAACACAGGACUACACCGACACACACACACAUACACUUCCAGGAGGUGCAACUACUUUCCGCACAACAACAACGCCAUGAAAUCUACUUUGAUUUGGUUAUUGCUGGCCGGUGUUGGCGCCGUGUUGCUGCUGGGCGACACCGUGGACGCCUGGAAUCGUCAGUUUUUCAAUCGCUAUUCACGCAGCUGGCUGCGCAAUAAUGCUGAUGGGCCGAUUGGCGGUGGUCUCGGUGGCGGUGGCGGUGGAGGCGUUGUAACCGGCGGAAGUGCCGGUAAUGCGCAGCAAAUUGACGACUUUAAUGCACUCUUCGGCCUCGGCAACGACAUGAGCUUGCAUGGCAUGGGAAGCGGAAGUGGAGGCGGUGGCGGUGCUGCUGGCAAUGGCGGCGUGGGUGGCAGUAGAGUUGCUGGCGGCGGCGGCGGUGGUGCGGCAGGUGUUGGUUUCGCCACCUACGGCGCGGGCUAUGAUGUGGACACAGGUGGUUUUGGUGGCCAACAACAACAGCAAACGGAGAUAUAUGGCAUCGUGGAACCGCUAAUAGAGGAUACACCAUGCGUGGAUCGCGCUUGUCAGGUCAAUGAUGAUUGCUGUCCCACAGGUGUCUGCGUCAAUACCUAUGGUGAAGGUAAAUGCAUUUACGUUUAUGGGCGUAAGCGCGAUCUCUGUCAUCGUAAUACGGACUGUGACUUGGGCAUGUCAUGCCUGAAGACCUCGGCUGGUAAUCUGAUGUGUCAACCUAGCGCAUCUACGGCUCAUCUAUUGAAUGCGGUUGGCGGUGGUGGUGUGGGUGUUGGUGCUGAUGUCGGUGGCGGUGUUGGUAAUAGCGCUGUUGGCUUCAAUGUUGGCGCAAAUAUGGCAACGGCUCCCAAGUUGACGUUGAAUAUGAAGCAAUUUGGCGAAGAUUGUGUAUCGUCGAGCGAAUGUAAUGUGAGCAAGGGCUUAUGCUGUCAACUACAACGCACUCACCAUCGCAUACGUCCACGCAAAUUAUGCGCUUACUUCCGGGAUCCUUUCAUGUGCAUCGACAUUAUGCCAACGGAAGAUGAGGAAGUGCGCGAUUCACGCUUCCUAUCCGCAUUCAGUCAACGACGCAUGUAAUGAGGCUGAGUGUGAUAGGGAAGGAUAAGAAAGGAGAAGAAGGGAGAUGAAGAAAAAGGAGGGAGAUGAAUAAGAAGGAAGUAGAAGUAAAGAGAGUGUAAGGAGGAAGGAAAGAAGAAGAAAGGAAGCACACACGCAUAUGAGAACACACAUAUACAAACAUAUAUCCACGUGUGGUGGAGUCACUGAGAGAAUCACCACAUAUACA